AUGGUGUUUCCAGUGGUCCGAACCAGAAAGCCCCGCGCUUGGGGGUCCCGUCCCGAGACGAAGUCCGUGUGGGGGCAGCUUACGGAGAAGAAGCAGCCUGUCGCGGAGGCCAGCAAGCUGGAGAAGGUUGCAGCGCGGGCGGCACCGCCGACGUUCCAUGACGUUGACGGGCGUACCCACGUGGAAGUUGACGUGAAGGGCUAUGGCAGGUGCGGGCUUCUCUCUGUCUAUGCUCUGAGUCAAGUCGCCAAAGGGACGCCCGUUGAAGAGGUUUCCUCUCGAGUGUUCCCCGACAACGGCGAAGGCGACAUCUCCGAUGAGCUCGAGCGUACACUCCAGAGUAUCCGCGAUGCGGUCGCUCAUGCGCCGGACAGCGCCCUCGGUGGUUUGUGCGACGGCGAGGAGUCCCAUGAUCUCGAGGAUGUGAUGAAGAAGCCGUCUUACAUGAUCCGGACGAAGAACAUGGUCGUGGGCGUGGUGGACGGGGAGCUGGUGACGGUCGACGCCUUGCCCGGGAAGUAUCCUGACAAAGAUGCCCCCCUCGUGCUGCACGACGGCCAGGCUCACUUCAAAGCUCUGAUCCCCUGGACGUCGGAGGCCCCCGCUGACGCCCCCGCCAAGCAGGAGGCCGCCGCUGACGCCCCCACCAUGGAGCAGGCGGAGACCUCCGGCGGCAUCGAUGCUGCGGCGGAGACGGGUUGCGACGAUGGACUCGACACCACCGAUCGUGGAAACGGGUGGCAUGUCGUGGGCAAGAGUCGUCGCACGACGACCGGUGGCGAGGGUACGAACCGGCCCCAGUACACGAGCGAGAACCAGUUCGACGUGCUAUGUGGCGAAGAUGAAGAGGAUGACGACGAGGGAAUGUUCACGGUAGUGUGGAAGCCGCGUAGCUCUGCCCAGCUUCUCCGGUACCGGUCUCACCGGGAGGGGGCGCGCCCGCCCCGCCGGGGUCGCCGGGUGGCUGGUAGGCGCAAGGCUCAACCCAGUACCCGGGCAGGGCAAGGAGGUAGCAAGUACCUCAAACCUUGCCCCGCGAGAGACACACGGGUCGAACGCAAGCGUGGGAGAGGACGUGGACAGGAGGCGCGCGGGGCGACCUGGUCUGGGGUGGUGAGGGGUGGAGCCCGCCCAGGGGACGAGGAGGCACCUGCGUCUGCCGGUGCUAUUCCGCCCGCUUCCGCGUCGAGUUUCCCGUCUUCAUCCGAGGCCCCGGGGGAUGCUGCACCAGUUGACGGGCGGUGCAAAGCCGACACGUGCGGCGAUGUAGCGACUUGGUGCUAUCGUGGUGGCGAAGUGCAGUUCUGUCAAAAACACACCUUCAAAACCGAUGGCUGGGCGCCCAAAAUGGAGGGACGGAGGAAAAGGACGCCGUCAGCUAAAGUGUCCGAAGGCGCCAACACAGGGGCACUGGAUGAUGACGAGGAGCCAAAGGCCAAGAAACGGAGGGCUGCCCCUGCGUCUGACGGUGCUGUCCCGACCGGUCCCACGGCGAGUACAUCGUCUCCCGUCGGUUCUCGGGGCGGAGGGGAGGGUAACGGCAGACGAAAGAAUAAUGGCAGGGACACGUGCCAGCACACGGGAUGUACCGCUGCCACAUCACGCGGCGUGACUGGGACCACCAGGCCUGGUCGGGCGACUGCCGCGCCCAUGGACACUGAUGGGGACGGCGGUGACGGCGGUGACGGCAGCGAUGGUGAUGGGGGCAGCGACGGAUUGGACGGAUCUAUGGAGGCCAUGGCCAUCGGCGAGGGCGCCGACAGCGAUGGUGACGGCAUCAACGAAGGCAGCGGUGAUGACGAACCUGAUACAACACCCAUGGAGAUCGGCGGCGGUGGCGGUGGUGGUGCUGGCACGGGCGGCGGUGGUGCUGGUGGUGGAGGCCGAACCUCUGGGGAGAAAACGGCGAGGGUAAACAAGCCCGUGGGUCAAAGGGGCCUCAGAUCCACCACCCUUGCCCAAGAGUUGGAGGAGCCAAUUUUGCCUUGCAUGGAGCCAUUCUUGGAAAACAAUCGGCGAGCUUCGGACGAGCUAGUUGAAGAGCGCAGGGAUACGGCGCCGCGUACGAAAAGCAAGCCUGCUGGGGCUGGUACGAUCGCGGAUGCCGCCAGGUUUCUCGCUAUGCUAUCUCACGACAAAAAAGAUGGCAUCGAAAUCAAGGAGGGGGUCUACUUCCCGCGCUCGAGCCUUGGUGCAAUCAAAUCCCAAUACGAGUUGGACUACGCCUUCAAUCCUUCACACAUCGGAGUGGAGGUGGGGAAGACAACGGUUAUGUGGAAAGGCAAGGUGCAGAAGGUUGAAGCUUUCGACUACGGCUUCUACACGCUGGGCGACAAGGAAUUCAAGCUGACGCAAUGGGAUGUCCUGGAAAACCGACGUGGAAGCGGGGUGACAUUGGAACAAGACCUCCGGCGGUACAUUGGGCAGCUGGUGUUAACGUAUGUUGUCAUGCAGAGCACCGGAGUCCCGGAGAUCGAGAACGACGGCAACGUGCAUGACGGGAUGAUGCUAGACGUCGAUGGUGCGUUAACCAGGGCGGAAAAAAACCUGGAUGGUAUCGAUCGCCACAGCCAGCUGGGGAAAGAGAAGCUGCUCGAGAUCAAAAAGAAUACGGACAAGGUGCGCGACUUCGCCCUGAAAAUCUUCACCAGCUCGUCGGUACGAGACAUACUUCCGCUACACAGACCAGACGCUGAGGAGAGAGAGGAUAAAGACACCCAAGACUUCCUGCACUGCCCGGGAUCGCUGAAGGAGCUCAACUUCAUGGCUGAUCUCCGGUACACCGUCCCCAACAAGAAGGCAUUUGGACACCUGUUCGACGGCAAGGUCGUGAGAGGCGGAAAAAACUGGGUACCCGCCGCGAAGUUGAUACGCGGAACAUGGGAAGCAAAACUGAAGAUGAUAAUCAGGCUAUUGAUGUGCGCGUACCGCCUGGGACGACCCGUCAACUUCGUCGAGGCGUACCUCGGUGUGUCACCGGAAGAGCUGAAGGUGCUGAAGGAGUGCAACACACACUGGGAUGAAAACCUGAGGAGUGGUUUCGACGGCUUACCAUUUGACACCGUGGGCGAACAUGCUGCCACGGGCAAGCAGCUGGGCGGGAAAAACAAGUGGGCGUACCAACUGGCCGUGCAGCGCUCAACGAUGUUCUACAACCGUGUGACGCCUGUCGUUGCUUUCUCUACCGGUUGCCGCGACCCGUUGAAGUACGGUGCGGUUCAAGAUCACUCCAAAGACAGCAAUUUCUUCCAGGACAUGCGCGGCGUGUACACCGGCCUUUUGGAGAGGGCGAUGGGGCUGGAUUCUCCUUCGUUGAAGCCUGUGCUAGAGGCGCUUGGAAGCAAAGACGCCGACGAACUCCUGAAAAAGUCUCGUGGGUGUAGAAAGGAGAGGAGCGCGGAGGACAACGGCGCCAUCGGAGAGGGGACGAAAGAACGCCGGAACAAGCUCAUCUUGUUCCACGAUCCCGUGGACAGGCGAUUCACGCUGACGAUGGCAUUCCAAAUGUCCUUGGGCGAAAAACUGCGGCCACUCUUGACAGCGGUGACAGAAAUCUGCCCGGGCUUUUACAAGCUGGCCACUACCUGUCUGGUGAAAGCGAAGAAGGUGUCGACCUCCUACACGAAGAAGAUUCUCCCCAACGGCGACCGAGCCCUCUAUGAUGUGAUUGGAGAGGAUCAUCUGCUCGGCAACUCCCCAGAGGCGAAGAGUUGGGUCGCGAAGGUGAUGGAAGGACUGGAUGAAAGAAGAUUCGAGUGCAGGGAUAUCUGCAGACUCAGUGUCUACACGCAACUAGGCCUCAUGUUCAACGCGGCGGCUCUCCGAGACGGGGACUUUUUCCACCUGUCCGCCAACACGAUGUACUACAACAACAAACGGGGGACACUGUUGAUGCGUCCACCGGCAAAGGGCAAGCAGACCGAAUCCGCCAAUGGCGAACUAAAGAACGUACUGAAGGAGCACGAGAUCUGGGGACCAGACGUCAUUCGGUGGUGCAUGGUGAUGAACCUGGUCGGCCGAGAGUUUCUUCGGAAAAAAAUUGGGAGUGUGGAUCCCGAGUUCGGUCCACUGGCACCAGACGGACAGAGGCUAUCGGACGACGUGUUCAAGAAAGUUGUGGUGGCGGUUGGGCGGACGUACUUCGGCGUGGACAACGCGGACGUUUACUCGAUGCGGACCGUGCAAGAUACGAUUGCAACGGAGGAUUUGGUCGAGGUUGGGCUUGAUCACACGGCGCAUUGUGCACAAGACCUGUUCAGGAGGCAACGAACUACUGAAAAGGUGGAAAAACGAAAGCGGGAAGGACUUCCAGAGACUCCAUCGGGCGGACUAUGGGACAAAGAAGAGUUCGUGGAAUUGUACCGCGAAAUGGCCUCGAUGAAGCCGCCGAGAAUUCCCGAGAAAGUCAACACCGAUUUCGGCUUCAAGUAUGAGUCCGUGGUCGAGUCCGAGUCCGAGCCCAGGUCCGAGUCCGAGCCCGAGCCCGAGUCCGAGUCGGGGUCGGGGUCGGGGUCGACGUCGACCCUGAAACCAGAACCUGGUACCGGAACCGAUACGGUCGCACUACCGAAAACUUCGUGUGGGAGGGCCAUGCGACCUAUCGACGUGGAACUGGUUGACGCGGAGAAGAAGCGAGCGAUUGCCAAGGCAGAGUUCGAACGGAUGGAGUAUCAGCUGAAGUGUGUCGAGAUGGCACAGAAACUCGAGGACUUGAAGAGAGGUGGAGAUCCCGACGCCCUCGUCGCCUCUGGGCCCGUCUUCGCAGCUCAGAGCGCUACUGCUGCUGCAGCUACGGUUGCUCCGGGGGCUAGGCCCGCUGCUGCCAUCGGUGGUCGCGAUGACGUUGGUGCGGGUGGUGCUGCCGGCGACCAAAAUGGUGUGGCUGUGGGUGCGCCAACUUCAGGAAAGGGGGUGGCUAAAGCUACAAAGAGGAAAAACAAAACCAAGCCGAAGCUAGCGUCGCCAGUGGAGUGCGAUGGUGUGAGAGAGGUGGUGGCUGCACUCCGGACAGCCUUCGCGAAGGCCAAGCUCAGGAACAACGACGCCAAGGGUUCGGGCAAGGAAGAGGACGAUGUCCACAAGUUCAUGACUAAGAAGCGUAUCUUCAAGUCAAUGCUCCCACUGGCAUACCAACUACUCGCACUAGACAAAGAGUACAAAGCGGGGGACUGGUUUACGAAGCACAAGGAUUUCGGGGUGGGUGGCUACCCCAAGGGCUUUACGGAAUUGGUCGAGAAAGUUGAGAAUCAGAUCGAUGGAUUCAGGGGUGUCCAAUACCUUCGCAUGAAUGGAAAGGUCAUACAACAUAGGCCUCCGCUUCCAGCGAUGGUCUACUGUCGACGGGUGAAUUGUCGCAAGAAGGCCUCGUACGGCAAAGCAUACCGCAAACCACUGUUUUGCAAAUCGCAUAGUGCACCCGGAGAUCGGUAUGUCACACGCAAGAGAUGUGAAUUUCACGAAUGUAAAACUGUGGCGACUUUUGGACUCGAAUUGAGACGACCACUGUUGUGUGGCAAACACAAGAGAGAUGGCUUCGUUGACGUCGUCAGCAAAAGAUGCGUAUCACAGGGGUGUUUUAAACAACCAACUUUGGGCUUCGUCAUGGGGAAGCCUCUCUCGUGCGGCGCACACAAGCUCGAUGGCUUCACGGACGUCACAGGAAAAAAAUGCGAAUCACGGGGGUGUUCGACCCACCCAACUUUCGGCCUGGUCAUGGGAAAGCCUCUCUCGUGCGGCGCACACAAGCUCGAUGGCUUCACGGACGUCACAGGAAAAAAAUGCGAAUCACGGGGGUGUUCGACCCACCCAACUUUCGGCCUGGUCAUGGGAAAGCCUCUCUCGUGCGGCGCACACAAGCUCGAUGGUUACGAAGAUGUGAGAAGUAAAAGAUGCGAGUUCAAGGGGUGUUUUAAACAACCAAACUUCGGCCUGGUCAUGGGAAAGCCUCUCUCGUGCGGCGCACACAAGCUCGAUGGUUACGAAGAUGUGAGAAGUAAAAGAUGCGAGUUCAAGGGGUGUUUUAAACAACCAAACUUCGGCCUGGUCAUGGGAAAGCCUCUCUCGUGCGGCGCACACAAGCUCGAUGGUUACGAAGAUGUGAGAAGUAAAAGAUGCGAGUUCAAGGGGUGUUUUAAACAACCAAACUUCGGCCUGGUCAUGGGAAAGCCUCUCUCGUGCGGCGCACACAAGCUCGAUGGUUACGAAGAUGUGAGAAGUAAAAGAUGCGAGUUCAAGGGGUGUUUUAAACAACCAAACUUCGGCCUGGUCAUGGGAAAGCCUCUCUCGUGCGGCGCACACAAGCUCGAUGGUUUCGUUAACGUCACAAGCAAAAGAUGCAACUCGUCGGCAUGCACCUUAUUUCCGAUGAUCGAGAGGGGCUGUGGAACAUACAGGAUCGACGACGACUUCCUAUGUGGAAGCUGUCUCCGAAGCGAGCACCCCGAUCUGGCAAAAAAGUUCAAAGUGAGGACCGAGCACUUUGUCCUGGCGGAGCUGCAGAGACGGAUGCCCGAGUUGGAAGGCAACUUUCUCUCGUGGGACUGCCCUCUUCCGUAUGCGAUAUCGACGGAGAGAGCGGACAUGUUGUGGCAGAUUGGGUCGGUUUUGCUGCAUGUGGAAGUGGACGAGACGGCGACGCACGAAGACGACCGCAACCGGCUUAUGCGCCUCUUGGCGGGAACGGAUGCCGUUCAUCAUAUCGUAGUGAGGAUCCACACGCAUUCGUACGAUAAUUUUCAGCCAUGUGUGACCAGGAGCCAGAUCAACGGCGAGUGGGUAGUGUCUUGUCGCAAGAAAGAGUUCGAUCGCAGGAUGAAUAUCGUUGUUCCAGAGAUUAAGAGGUUGUUGGCGAAAGAGGAGUCUAUCGUAAAAGUUAUGUUUCUGAGUUGA